AAGUCCUAUUUUCAACCCUAAACUAUCCCGAGAGUCCGAUUUUCAACCUCGAACUCCAAAACCAGACAUAAUGCAUCCUUGAACUAACGAAACCGGACAAAUUUCCCCCUGAGCCGAAUCCACCGCGGUUUUUGCCUCGUCACCCGUCCGACGUGGACUUCGUCGCCCAGUCAGCCACUUCAAUGGGCUCCUUAACCCCGCGCGGCCCACUCAGAAUUUGCCCACCCGCUCCAGAACCCUAACCCUAGAGGCGGCGGCGACCACCACGGCGGCGGCGCCCUCGGCGGCGAGCACGGGGCGACGGCGGCCUUGAUGGCGACAUCCAGGAGCUCGAGGAACUCAAGCACCUCCUCCCGAGCAUGGAGCGGCUACAACAUCGAGGAUUACUCCUCGCCCAUCCCUUACCGCGAGCGACCUCUGGAGUAUGAGCCGGCGGUGAACUGCAAGUGCGGAGCCAAGGCGGCAAGGUGGAUUUCAUGGAGUGACGAGAAUCCAGGACGAAGGUACCUAAAGUGCUUCUUUGCACGGGCUGGUGGAUGUGAUUUCUGGAGGUGGUAUGAGAACAACAUGACGACUCCAUUCAUAGCCCAGCUGCUCAGAGAUUUGCGCGAUGCUGUCAGGUCACUGAAGAAGGAGAAGAAGGAGAUGGAAGAAGGGUUUGCGACUGCUCAGAAUGCUGCUGAGAAUGCUCUGCAGGGUCAAUAUGAACAGAUUGGCCAUCUGAACAGGCUGCUAGCUGAAAAAAAAGCUGCAAAUGCUGAACUGAAGACAACCGUGGAAAUGUUACAGAAGGAGAGAGUUGUGCUUAGGCUUGUAAUUGGUGUUUGCAUUGCUGUCGUGGUAGCUCUAAUCUGUAGGAAGUGAUUGCUAUGUAAUGUCUGUGUCGACUCUAUGUAAUGUAGUGGAGUAAUGGUAUGCAAGGCAUUGUUCAAAGUAAUAAAGUUCAGAGAUAACAUAAGUAAGCCAACAGUCUUGGCAGUA